AUGCGACGCAGGAUCGCAGCGUUCGUUGGACCAUGCUGGUACUUGGCUGUCCUAGGCGAGGCCCACCGGCUCAUUGACUAUAUUCGACAAAGCGACAAGGAUUUGAGUGAAGCGCUUGACCUCGACGAAGACUUGUGGAUAUCGCGGAUUGUUUGCCAAGAUCAUUGGUACCUAUCACAAAUCAGCAAUAUGCCAAUUGAGGCGACUGAAGGAAUGGACGUUUUCCACAUACAGCCACCCCAGACCAUUCACAAGAUCAUCGCUUCAACGGACCAAAUAGGUGUGCGUUGGAUCCAGUUUCUCGACCGUGAAACUACUCCGACACAAGAUCAGUCACCAUGGUACGAGAUAUACGACGUGGAGAAUUUUGAACCAAGGCUGUGGGUUGUCCAUGGACGUGUUAUAAUAAAGAGAAUUGAAAUCGACAAUGACGAAGCAACACGUCUCUUGCCGUCGACGUGGACCUCCCCGAAUACGCCCAUUUUCCACCCAUUACAAAAUAUCUGCUGCCCUUGCCACUUACAGGAGGCUAAAUUUCACCAUAUGAAACUUGGACCCCAAGUAGAAGGCAUUCUUGUCGUCCGCGCAGGCGCCUAUGAUAUAGUCGGGAUCCACAACUUCUCGGGCCGGAACAAAGCGUUCUGGGAGUUUCUCGAACAGGUGCAUGCCCGUAGAAGGCCACGGACGGACCCGUCUUUAUACUGGUUCUAUUUCCCGUUGAAUGACCAAGAGGAUAUCCUAAUGGUUUGGAAUCGGCAGUUGAAACAUCCCGACGGACGAACAAACUUCGAUGGUUUGGUUGUACAAACAUCCUUCGGGAGGGAUAUGACAUUCGGUGCGGUAUAUCCACCCGCCUUUACUAGAAAUAGUAUAUACCGCCCUAUGGUUCGGUACACUGAUGGUCCAGUUUCCGGAAUAAUUCACAAUGGCAUGGAUUUGAGGUUCCGAAGCAUGACGGUGUUCGGGGUUACCUGCCAUAGCCCGCAUGAUGGCGAGACUCGAGCCCGGGUCCCAGUACGUUACGCUAGUGGGCCUCCAGGAGCCCAUCCCGGCGAGGACCUCGUACCAUGGUAUAUGACCAAGGCCACAUUAAGGGGCGUGACUAGGGUACAAGUGUGCAGGGACCGGACGCAGUCGCAUCAUCCUUGUCUGGGUAUCUUGAUGUUCUAUGCCGAUGGUCACAUCGAGUCCAAUGGACAAAUUCGCUGGGAUUAUGGACUGGACGAAGAGAUAUGCAGUCCUUUCGUAGUCGCCUCAGGGACAGUUAAUGAAAAGGACACUAUCAAGGACAUCCGAAAUGCAGAGGACCCAGUAGUGGCCACUGUGCAUCGAGGUGAAUGGAAACCUCUGCCUAGUCAAGGGAUACUCACAUGGUGGUUUAGCGAGUUGGGCGACAGACUUGCCUUUUACUAUGAGUAG